GGCUGCCACUGCCAAGUAAACAAAAACACUGGAAUAAAGCUAAUACUACUACUAAUCUUCUAUCUCCAAUUCCUGAAACGUUUGAUUGAUUCGCCAAUUUAUCAGUGACACCGUCAAGCUGAAAUGCAGGACGCUUACCAAAAAUGAACUACGAAGAAUCCAAGGCUGUCAUAACUUACACUGGCGAGGGCUGGAAUGCGAAUGCCAAGAGCCUUCUGGAGGCCGUGGGGGCGGACUCUUUCGAGUGGCGCCGACCGCUGGGCCGCGGACCAAAGCAUGUCCGCGUGGAGGCGGCUCUUUUCGCCGCCGCAGAGGCGCCUUCCAAUCGACCUAUGAUCCACACCUUCUGGAGCGCCUGCACGGACGUAGACACUUGGCGUUCAAGCGAGAAGGACAGAGUGGAGAGGUGGAUCAGGUCGAUCGCGGCUGGAGUCGAAUGGCUCGUCGUCCUGGCUGCGCCAAAGGUGGCUGACAAGGCGCGCACAGAACUUAAACAGUCUGAAAGGUGUAUUUCAAGUCGAGACCCAGCUUUGCUUCGGAGAGUACGGCAAAUGCUUCUGACAGCCAUCAGCAACGAAGAACAGCGCCUCGGCCAAGAGGUUCGCAAAGAGCGUGAGAGGCGGAACGAGCAGGGCUGGAGUUUUGGAGAGUAUCUUGCGUUGCAGGAACAGCUGGCUGCGCUUCUUGGAACCCUGAAGGGUGCUGAAGAUGAGGCUCUAGUUCAAUAUGAUGAGCUUGAUGCCCUUUUCACACAGUUUGUCAGGAAUGCUAGUCUCAUUGGUAAAGUCAAUUUUGUGCUGAGAAAUGGGAAGCAACAGCACUUAAAUUUUCUAUCAGAGCCUCCACCAUGGCUUACUUCGUUCAGCGCACCUUUGAAGGAGUGGCGAGGACUAGGGAUUGAUUCCAACGCCAGAUUUGCGAUUGUCAACAGCGACGCGUCAUUGCUGCAGCUUCGAGUCUAUCUGUUUACUAGACAACUGAAUCUCCUGCUUAAAAUGAAUCAACCUCAACAGAGUCAAAAAAGAAUUUCCUCACAGAUUGCAGAAAGGUGUCUGCCGCUGCUGCAAAUCUGCUCCAACGAACUUCGCAUCCUUGAAGUCGAUUUUCCGGAAGGCGCGGCCUCCUGCUGGGCUGUGCAGGUGUCUCUUCAGGUGCUGCACGUCUGCCGAAAGUAUCCCGACCAAGUGCACUCGCUGCCAGCAGCCACCCUCUGUGACUAUGCGUGCCAAAAACUGUUUCAACUUGGCGAGCUGCUUGGCCUGAUGCCAGGCGGACAGGGCCCUUCCAGCGCCCAGAUUGACGCUGCGCUGUGGCUUGGGGCCGGUUUGGGGCCGGAACCGCCUUUCGGUGGCGAGCAGUUGAAAGAAGCCCUUGGUUCACCAGCAGCUUUUCAAAACCUCUACCUGGAACUGGCCGAGUUGGCGCUGGGCACGUUCAAGCACCUCGGCCGCAGCCGCUCCGCCAGGCAGCUCGGUCACCAGCUGGCCAACUUCCACCAGCUCAGAGGGGAUCCACACCUGGCCGCGGCCUAUCUGUCAGACGCCUUGACUGCUGUGGAGGGCUGGCCAACGCUGGAGAUCCACAUCCUGAGCCAACUGGCCGAGUGCUUGACUGGGGAAAAACUGGCCAUGGCCAGAGCACGGCUUGCGGCCAGCCUAACUCUAGAGUUAGAGGUUCGCAAACAGCACUGGCACCAGCUGCUGCAAAUUCUCAAAACUCUAGAUGAUGAUGGCUGCGUUAUGCCUCUGGAAGAGGUUUUUGAUCUGGUUUCUGUCACACCAAUCAGUGGACACAGGCAGCAAGCCAAUGUGAAAAUAAACUCGCGCCUCCCUGAGGCUGUGUUAGUGAAUCCGUCACUGUCUGUUCAAACAUCCCUGCCACAAGUGUCUAGAAAAGAAAGCAACCCAAGGGGACGCAGACUGAGAGGAAAUUUCUCUGCCUGUUUGUCAUCGGAGCCAAUUAAAAUUCAACCUGGACUAAAUGAAUUCAUUUUAAAUGCACAAGGAGAUUUGCACACAGGACAUUUGAGUCAACUGUCCUUAAUAAUGAACGACAAGAUGGAUUUUGUCAGUGCUGAAGCCAGACUGGGGAUAAUCGAAGUGAAGAAAGGGGAGGCUACGAUAUCAGUUGAGAGUGGACAGCUUUUGGCUAGGAUGCCCCAAAAGUUCCAACUCCGCUUUACUGCUGGGACAGAUGGGAUUGAGGAGGGUACUGAAGUCACCAUCAAAGCCCCAAGAGGACUGAGCCUAGGGGACGGAGGAAGGCAGAUUGUGAUAGAGCUGCCAAAAACUGAACAAGGACAGGAUACUGUCGUAACUUUAGAGGCCAUCGCUACGCCACCCUCAGCCAAGUCAACUGACAUUGAAUAUGGGCUCACCCUAACCUCAAGCUUGUGGGAACAAGCAUACCCAGUUUCCGUGAAUUUCACCGUACCAGUGGCCGCCUCAGUCAAACUACACACGGCCAUGAAGACAAAAUUCCUGCAGGUGGUCGUGUCGUCCACGUGCCGGCAGCGGCUGAUGCUGUCAGAUCCCAUCCUGGAGCUUUCUCUCGGCACUUGCACGCCACUGCCCAUCAGCCCCAAACCGCUCACCCUCGACCCGGACCGACCUCUUAGUUAUAUCUGGCAGCUUGAGAUUGACGGCCCUAUUCGUGCAAAGUUCAACGUGAAUCUGACCAAGGAUGAAGUCAACGGCGCCUAUAACUGCGAGUUUGAGCUGGCCGAGUGCGCCACCAUGAUCUUUGUUAAUUCCAAGGUCGCGGCUGCCUCGGGGGCGGAGGUUUGCCGCGCUAACGCCAUGUGCCACUUACACCUGACUGUGGAGGCGUCCGAAGCCAUCGGCCACUCGCUAAUGUACGAACUGUUGGCAGACCAGAGCAUGUGGGCAGUGUGUGGCCGAACGGCGGGCGUUCUCAACCUGGAUCAGCCCAGCCAUAACCUGGUGCUUGAGGUGAUGCCGUUGACAUCUGGCUUUCUCCCUCAUCCCCAAGUGAGACUUUCAAAGUAUAUCCCAGCAAAUGCUGGAUCUACACAUCCCAAACUGGAACCUUUUGGGCCUGGGCAAGUGUACAACAAGAGCAAGUCCCUCCAAGUUCACGUUUUGCCAGCUAUCCAGUCCAGUUAAAUUCCCUAUUUAAAGACAAAAAAUUGAUGAGCAAAUCGUUGAUUCCACUCUUAUCAUGUUAAAAUUACUUUAUUAUUCAAUGUUAAAUAAAUAUAUAAAAGGCACAAACUAUGUGAUAAUCAUACAGAA